AUGGUGCACGGCACACUGGCUAGGGCGGUCCUCGGCUAUGAAACCGUCAGUGACCGUAUAAUAUCAAUACGCCUCAAGGCGAAACCGUGCACACUAAAUAUUAUCCAAGUCUAUGCACCCACCUCUGAGGCAGAUGAGGAAGACAUGGAUAACUUCUACAGCUCUCUACAAAGGAUUAUUGAGAAAAUACCCAAUAGAGAAGUCACCAUAAUCAUGGGAGACUGGAACGCUAAGGUGGGACGCACUGACGGCGAUAAUCACAUCCGCGAUGUGCUGGGGAGAUACGGCAUAGGAAUACGGAACGACAGAGGUUCCAGGCUCAUCCAGUUCUGUAUUGAUAACAACCUCGCGAUUGCAAAUACAAUGUUCAAACAGCACAUAAGGAAACAAUACACGUGGACCUCGCCGGAUAAUCGCACCAAGAACCAAAUUGAUUACAUUUUGAUCAAAAGUCGCUGGAAAUCGGCCGUUCUCUCAGCGAAGACACUACCUGGAGCGGACUGCGGUACGGAUCAUAGGCUGCUGACUUUCAAGUUUAGGACGAGGAUGAGGAGCUGCAGAAAAACAACAACCAAAAGCAAGUUACCACCAAUUACCGACAAACAAGCCUUCCAAAAUGGGCUAAAAAAGGAAAUAGAGCGAGACGACAUAGAAGAAUUGGACAACCCUGAUGAUCUGUGGGAACGGCUCAAAACAGCGAUCAAAACAACAGUAACUGGCACGCAAAAACCAAAAGAGAGCCCAAGGAAACGCGAGUGGAUAUCUGACAGCACCUACAGGCUGAUAGAAGAAAGAAGGAAAUUGCUAGCCGCCGGCCUAAAUAGUACCGAAGCAGUGGAUAAAUAUAAAAAGAUAUCAUCUGACAUUCAAAAAAACUGUAGGAAGGACAAAAACAACCUAUUGAAUGGGAUUUGCGCAGACAUCCAACUCCAUGCAGACCGUCUUCAACCUGGGGAUGUAUUCCACAAAAUCAAACUAAUCACACGAAAAUUCAAACCACGCACGUGA